AGGUUGAGAAAUCUGACUACAGGGUUAAAGCAAGUUUCCUUUCAUUUUAAUUUGCGUGCAUACUUCCUUGUCAAUCGAGAGAAUCGGCUUCAAUUUCCAGGUUCAGCACAGUUUGAGAAAUCUAGGAUCAAGACACAGUUGCCAUGGCUAGCUCAGGUACUCCAAAAUGGGUCAACGUUGGCGGUCGCUGGAUAAGGGCAACACCCGCGUCCAACAUUUCUGAAAAGACAGUGUCCACAAAAUCAACUAAGAAUGAGGUUGAUGAGAUUUUGCAGAAAUUAGCUCUGUCCAAUGCACAUUUGGAGGAGAUCACCAGCCUCAUGCGGCAGAACAUGGACAGGGGGCUGGAUAGUGCUACCCACCAGUCAGCUAUCGUCAAGAUGUUCCCUAGCUUUGUACGAUCUCUACCAGAUGGAUCAGAGAAAGGUGAUUUCUUUGCACUGGACCUUGGAGGCAGUAAUUUCAGAGUUCUUCGAGUCCAGCUACUGGAAGGUGAUGUCCAAAUGACGAGCAAGGUUUACAAGAUUGCUGAGGAGACUAUGACAGGAACAGGGGAUCAGUUGUUUGACUACAUUGCCGACUGCCUGUCUGAAUUCAAGAAGGAGGAGGGGCUCGGUGAUGUAGAUCUUCCCCUCGGGUUUACCUUCUCCUUCCCCUGCAAACAGAAUGGACUAGCUUCAGCUGAACUGGUGCAAUGGACCAAAGGCUUCUCAGCCUCAGGAGUGGUAGGGAAAGACGUGGUGCAAUUACUCAAAGAGGCCUGUGUAAGAAAGAAUGUAAACCUUCAUAUCGUAGCAUUAGUCAAUGACACUGUGGGAACACUGAUGUCGUGUGCCUACUCCCGUAGCGACGCCUACAUUGGACUCAUCCUUGGGACGGGAACUAACGCCUGUUACCUGGAAAAGCUGAGCAACGUGGGCACGUGGACCGGGGACAGCGGGGAGCCGACUAACGUCAUCAUCAACAUGGAGUGGGGAGCGUUUGGCAGCGACGGGGCACUGGACAAUUUCCGGACCGAGUUUGACAAACAGGUGGAUGAAGUGACCCCCAAUAAAGGCAAACAGCUUUACGAGAAGAUGAUUUCCGGCAUGUACCUGGGCGAGAUAGUCAGGCUGAUUCUGGUGAAGCUGACGACUGAUGGGCACCUGUUUGGUGGGAAAGUCUCGCCCGAUCUCAACACUCCGUGGAAAUUUGAAACCCGUUUCCUGACAGACAUAGAAAGUGACACAUCCAGUGACAACGGAGAGUGCAGGACCAUCCUGACCAGCCUGGGCGUGACCCCCUCUGUCUCUGACCUGGCCACUGUCCGCCGCAUCUGCGAGGCCGUCUCCACCCGCGCAGCCCGGCUGGCCGUGGCCGGCCUGAGCGCAGUCAUCCGGAAGAUGGGGGCUGGGGAGCUGACUAUCGCAGUGGACGGCUCACUCUACAAGAAGCACCCGACCUUCAAGAGCAACAUGGAGGCCACCCUGCAGGAGCUGGUGCCAGGCGUCACCAUCAAGUUGAUGCUGUCGGAAGACGGGAGCGGGAAGGGCGCGGCCCUUGUGGCUGCAGUGGCGGCAAGGAUCAGCUCUUAGACGAACGAAACUUGCAGGCCAAAUCUUUUCUUCGUUUCCUCUGAUUUACAAUUCCAGUCAAAUUUGCCAUUACAAUAUAUAAUUCAUGGGCCAAACGUGAAAGAGCCUUCAGCCCAAAUCGCUUUACAUUAGAAUCUACUGAUUCCUCCACGAUUGCCACUUCCAAGCCAACUGGAACUUGAAUAUUCAAGCACUGUCGGUUGGUAAUUCCUCCUCCAAAGGCUGCGACUGUCUUCGGGAAAGACCACUGAGAUAUUCAUUGACAUUUCUUGCUUGUAGUUAAACUGCCAAGAUUAUCACCUUGUAAUCUAGGGGUCUUUUCGGACCUUAGGCCAAAAAAAAGUCUCUGGUUUCCGGUCAGGAGCUGGCUCCAAAAGUGGUGUGGCUACGCUCGUAACGCCAGCCUCUACCAACACUAAAAUAGAUUGACCCCUGCACUUUUUUUCUGUUUAAAAGCAUUUUCAGCUUGUACAUGCACACAGGGCAUAAGACCAGCUUGUUUGUCAGGUUCCCAGAUGUAAAUGUGUAAUACAGAAAUGACGUCAUCUGAAAAAGAGUGCCCGACUAAAUGUGUGGGGGACUAGAGGGACUCCUUUGCUGUACAUAUUACUCAACUGUACGGCAUAAAAAACACGUUAAAAUUAUGCAGCAGGUCUAUGGCAACGUGUGCACUGACCAGAAACCAGAUACUUUUUUUGGCCUUAGUAACUUCAUGGCUAACUCUGUCAACCUCUGCAGGCAUGGUUGUUUGGAAGUUGCCUUAAUCUAUCAAUAUCCACCACUUUGGUUGAACAAUGCUUUAUCUAUAAUUGUAACCAAAUAGUCAGGCUCCAUCCCAUUGCAGAGUGUUCAGUAAAAUAAAGUGGAUACGGGGAACAUUCUAAAAAAUGGCCAUCUUUUGAAAAAGAAGAAGAAAUAAUCAGGAUUAUCAAGCCACGUGUUGCGAUGGCUGUAGGGUUUUGAAUAUGUGCAAAUACAAUGUAUUGCAAAACCCAGCUUGUUUGCUCAGGUUGGUUUAGGUUAAAGCUCAUUUGAAAACCCCUGUUUUCCAAACAACUAUGGUUUUUGCACCCGUUUAGUUCAUGUUGGUUUGUCAUAACUGUCUGACCUGUGGCCACACCUCUCAAUGUGAUGAAUCCAUGGAGGACAGUGUAUCCAAUUAUACUGAAAUCAGUUUAGAAUUGAUUUGAUGUUUCAAUACAGAGAUGAAAUUUGUCAAAUUCGGCUGUUUACCCAUAAUUCCACAGCAUGUGGUCUGUGAAUGAGUACAAUCAGUGAAAAAAUCAGUUGAAUCAGCAAUAUCACGUUUCCAUUGUUUGAAAUGCUGACACUGAAAUACUUAUUCAUGAAAUAGCAACAUUAUCAUCAUUUGCCCUGUGAGGAGAAAACUACCUUUGCCUGUCCUUUUAGAAAAAGAUCCUUCCAAUAUUUUAGACAACAGUAGAUGUUUUAUUUUAAACUUAUCUUAAGCCUAACCUAGUCACUGUGUGAGCUUAGCUUCAUACUUUUAACCUAUCAUUUCUUCCAUUGUGAAUUUUUUUAUAUUUUAUCUUUAAAAAGGGAUAAGUGAUUUUAUAUUGUAUGGAAAUUGGCUUUUAAAGUGGGUAACUGUAAAAUAUUUUUGUUGCAAAAUAGCAUUUAUCAUUUUACUCAAGUUGGUCCUUUGAAGAAACACUGAUUUUUCAUUUGGUUGACCAAGUAAGACUUUAUGUUGUUUUUUCAUGUAGAGUUGCAUACAUGUAUGAAUCAGAACCCCAGGACUCACGGUAUGUAUGGUGUAUUUUAUUUUGAGUUGGUCUUCGAGAAUUUCUGGGAACUUGAACAGUUGUCCCUUGAACAGUUUAUACAAACCACUGAGGGCAUGCACUUGUCUGAUAGUUUAUGCAAAGCUCUCGGUGACAAGUUGGUAAAGGCACAUGUUGUUCCUUCAAAGUUGUUCCAGUGAUGGACAAAUAUGUCACAAAGUCUUGAUGUGUGGUUUUUGUCGGAACACUUUGGAGGUUCAGUACUGAUAACAAAUUAAAGAGUAUCAUUUAGCCAGGUGCUAUAGAGUUGUGAAGGAGAAUGGCAGAUCCAGAAGCAAUUCAGAAGCCCCCCACAAUUUUUGUGUUACCUUGUAUGGCCUUUUGAGGAUGUUGCUUCUGUUUAUGGGGGGGGUUGCUUUUUUCCCCACCUCCACCCCCAAUCUUCAGUUGUUAGGGUUCAAUAAUGUGGUAUUGGUGGUAUGGUACUCUGACUUCCUCUGAUGCAGGGGUGCGUUCAGUAUGUGAGUUCCCCAGAGUGAUGGUGCCUCUUCCUGUCUAGUGACGGAGUGCCUGCUUAAACUGUUACAGGCCAGUGAAUAUGAGCAUAAUCCACAGUAAUUAUAAAAGCUCUACUGGGAAAAGCCCAUUUGGUCUAAUAUUUUCAAUUCCACAACCACUAAAGCAGGUGGUGUUGGGGGGGGUUAUGAUCGAUUGUUAUCAUAUUUUGAGUCUCACUUCUGGUUCCAAUAGUACUUUAUACUAACCAUUUGUGUUACUAAUUUUUGUUGAUAAUUAUGUCUCCUGUACAAAAUUAUCAAGGCAGAAAUAUUGUAAUAAUACGUCUUUUAAGAUUUGUGAAAUUUGUGCAAACUAUCACUGACAGUGGUAUAUUUUUUUAUACCGAAUUAGAUGUGCAAAAUAGAUUAUUUCAAUAGAAUUCUGUUUUUGAUGUGCAGUGCAGUAAGCUUUUGAUUAAGAGACAAAGAAGAUUUGUUGUACUAAAGUACAAUGCAUUUUGGCAUGAUGGCUUUUUAUCUGAACAUGAAGUAAAUGUACUCUACAAACGGGUGGACUUUGGGUUUGACACAAUUUGUAUGCACAUGUUUACAAAGCCAGGGGUAUGAUUUGUGUAACAAUUACCUGGGAUAUCCUGGGUACAUGAUCUGAAGGGGUUAACUAUCUGACUUUGAUAGCCAAUACAUCCGGGGUACAGGGUCUUAUGGAGGUUAUUUCCGGUGCAACAUCCGAACAGCCUCAGAAUUUUGGGGUACAGAUCUGAGGGUGUGUAACAACUUUGAAUAGCCUGGGUAUAGUCAAAUUUGAUCAGACGGCAUUCCGCGGGGCCAUUUACUCUCACGCAGCUGUCUCAACCUGAGCACGUGCGCGCACUUCGGCAAUUGACUACUGCCUAUUGGUCAACUUUGAAUUUCAUGCGCGCACUGCUUGCGUGCAAGCAGGAUAGCCCUUAAUGGCUUCUAAUUUUGGUUGUCGGAUUUGUCUAUAGGAUCUCAGGGAAACUGGGAUGGCCCAAAGCGCAAGAUCCGGGUAACAACUUGGGACAUCCCAGGUACAAGCUCUGCAGUUACAAUAGUCGGGGAUUUCCUGGGGACAGGGUUAUUAUUUUGAAUUUCAAAGCCCAAACACCAAAGUGUAGUGAACUUGUUUAAAGAUUUCCCCGAGAUGAUGCAUUCACAUUCCCACUUCGGUACAGAUUUCUUGCAGAAAAUGAAAACGUCAGUUUUAUGUUCAGGAAAACAUUUGAAGUAUUUUCUGAUGAUUUCAAAUACAUUAAACAAUUAUUGAAUCGAAAAAGAA